AUGAAUCCUUGGCUUUCAUUCCUGGUUCUACCUCGAACUGAGCCCUACCUUUGUGUGCGUGUUCUACCCCCUGCCCCUGGCCUAUCCAACAGCGAGACCAUGCUUGUCCUUCUCACCGUAGUCCUUGCCUUCUUGAUGCCUGCGUCAGGCCAGCGCCUGACGAAGGAAGAAUGCGCUCGCCGUCAUGUAUGCCCCCGGGAGCCAAUCUUAAACUUCGUGUGCGGCUCGGAUGGCAUCAGCUACGGCAACCCCUGCACCUUUCGGUUUGCUCAAUGCGGCAACCCCAACCUGACCCUUCAUUCCCUUGGGCCGUGCGAACGAAAAGGAUGCUGAUCUUGCAUCAGAGUUGUAGUGGAUAGAGAGAUUGGAGGACAAGAUAGUUAAUCGUAAUUCAAGAAUGCUAAUUAUCG